ACUAGUAGGGAGGAAAAGGAAAAAACCCUCUCUAUCUCCCCCUCUCUCUUUCUUUCCCAGCUCUCUCUCUCUCCCUCUCCACCCGGCCGCCACCAUGUCAGGCCUGUACAGCCAGGGCUUCUCCCCUGCAAGAACCCUCUCCCCCCAGAUUAGGAGCAACCCCGACGCUGACAGCCAGUACUUGGCCGAGCUUCUCGCGGAGCAUCAGAAGCUGGGGCCCUUCAUGCAGGUGCUGCCCAUAUGCAGCCGGUUGCUCAACCAAGAAAUCAUGCGGGUAUCAAGCAUGGUUCAUGACCAUGGAUUUAGUGAUCUUGACAGGCGCCGGUUUAGAAGCCCUAGUCCUAUGUCUUCACCAAUUGUUCGGCCUAAUCUACAUGGCAAUGGAUUUGGUCCUUGGAAUGGGAUGCACCAAGAGAGAUUGGGCCUUCCUCCUCCUGGAACAAGUAUGGAUUGGCAAGGAGCACCACCAAGUCCUGGCUCUUAUAUUGUCAAGAAGAUCGUACGCUUGGAAGUUCCUGUCGACUCUUACCCUAAUUUCAACUUUGUGGGGCGCAUUCUAGGCCCAAGGGGUAAUUCUCUAAAGCGAGUCGAAGCAUCAACUGGCUGCCGUGUUUUUAUUAGAGGAAAGGGUUCCAUCAAAGACACAGAAAAGGAGGAGAAGCUUAAAGGAAAACCUGGCUAUGAACAUCUGAAUGAGCCACUGCAUAUAUUGAUCGAGGCUGAGUUACCAGCAAAUGUCAUUGAUACAAGACUGAGACAGGCACAAGAAGUUAUGGAAGAAUUGCUAAAGCCGGUGGAAGAGUCACAAGAUUUCUACAAGAGGCAACAGCUGAGGGAAUUGGCUAUGCUAAACUCAACUCUGAGAGAAGAUAGCCCUCAUCCUGGAAGUGUCUCCCCUUUCAGUAACGGUGGCAUGAAACGCGCGAAACCAAGCCAGUAGAGAAGCUUUUGGCUCUCUGCUCUUCAGUCGUUCAUGGUGCAGCACCAGCAAGGUGCCCUUGAACUUGCGCUGUCCGUGUCGUGGGUGCUUGUGUAAGAAAAGGUAUGCAUUUGCUGCUGGACAGGUAGUCUGGUGCCAAGUGUGUCGUCUCCUUGAGAUGAGGAGAAAUCGAUGGCUGUUGAACUGUCUCGAUCUUUGGUGGAUCCAGCCAUGCUGUUGUAACUUGUAAGGUGAUGAACAUUCGUUUUAUUCGUUAUUGACUGUUAACCCUAAGUAGAUCAUGAUGCUGAGGAUAGGUGGUUUCAGGGGAGACUAGUUAUGCCUGAUAGUGUGAGCUGGUUCGUUUAGGUGUUUAAUUAGCUUGUAUUAUUCACAUUACAUUGUGGAGUUGCAACAUCACAGAUGAUGACGCACUCUGCUCUCUAUGAUAGUUUGAUGACAACUUUGAAUGAACCAUGUGAAUUCAGAAUGUUAGUACUUAGUGAA